UGUUAGAAGAUAAAUAAAUAAAGGGAAUGCUAAGCGUUUUCGCCCACGUGCAGCCUCUCAACUUUCUCUCAGCUUCUCGUCUCUCCGCUUCCGUCAGAACCUCAGCCUCCACCUCGUCCAUGUCAUCUUCCGUCGUCCGGAUAGCCGUCGUUGGAGACGUCCAUGAUUUUUGGGAUCUAGAAGAAGACGCUAAAGCACUCCGAUUUCUGAAGCCAGACUUGGUGCUAUUUACAGGUGAUUUUGGUAAUGAGAAUGUUGAAGGAGUUAAAAGUGUUGGAGAUCUUGAAUUUCCUAAAGCAGUUAUCUUGGGAAAUCAUGAUGCUUGGAGAACUCAGGAGUUUUCUGGAGGGAACAAAAAUCGUGUUCUACUUCAGCUAGAGUGUCUUGGUCAGGAGCAUGUAGCUUAUCGACGUCUAGAUUUUCCUAUUUUGAAACUCAGUGUUGUUGGCGGACGGCCAUUUUCCCAUGGUGGCAAGCGAAUAUUUCGUAAGGGGCUUCUGUCUGAGAGAUAUGGAGUUAAAGACAUGGAUGGAAGUGCCAACAAAAUAUACAAGGCCGCAUCAGGUGUGCCAGGAGAUCAUUUGGUUAUAAUUCUUGCACAUAAUGGACCCACCGGUCUUGGUUCUGAACCAAAUGACAUCUGUGGAAAUGAUUUUGAAGCUGAAUCUGGUGACCAUGGUGAUUUAGAUCUAGCACAAGCCAUUGCCCUUUUAAAAGAGACAACCAAAAUCUGUAUUCCCCUGGUCGUGUUUGGUCACAUGCACAAACAAUUGCACGGUGGAAAAGGUCUGCGAAAAAUGAUUGCGUUUGGUGCUGACAAUACCAUAUACCUGAAUGGGGCCAUUGUUCCAAGAGUUAAAAUACUAACUGAUGAUCAAGGAACUGUAAACAGAAGCUUCAUGAAUAACGAAACCUCAGUUGCCACAUCAGACUCCAGUGGUACAAUGCGAGCCUUCACUUUAGUGGAAAUUAGAGAUGGAGUAGUACAUAAAAUCACAGAAACAUGGGUUGCUGUUGUUGGAGAUAUGGCAACAUUACAAGAAGAGAAUAUAUUGUUUAAACAUGGAAAUCAGGUUCUUCCAUGACUGGGUUUUCAUUUCAGUCACUAAGCAUCUAUUGCCGCUGUAAUGUGCUUUCAAUGCAUACAACUGUUCUUGAGUUGGGUUUAGAAUGUCAUGAGACAGUUCAGUUCCUAUCUAAUGUUGGGCCAAUUUAUGGUGUAACAGUUAUACUAGUAGCAGUACCAGGCAGCUAGUUUGUAUGGAAGAACUGCUGCGCUGCAGGAAAUCCUUAAAAGACAUGCUUUAAGUACCAACUUAGCUUACCACUUUUUCAUUGUUUCGAUGUUUGUAACUGUCUGGGUAAAGCACUCCUAACACUGGCCAAAUUGUAUAAAGUUUCUCCAUUGCAGUGGCUUACAAUUGAA